UCUGCCACGAACGAUGCCUCAGUGCUCGAAAAAACAAGAGGCGCCAAAGCAAAGUGCUCGCAUUCGGAGAUGGGAGUGUAUGUCCCACCUAAAAGCGAAAUAAUGAGCUGUCCAUGAGCAAAAACUAUGAAGAGAGAAAAGAUUCGAGCAUUUCUCCUCCCAAAGACCUUCAAUGGAGAAUUUUCAUUCUGGUCAUAACUGGAAUCUGGUUCUCUUCCCGACCAUCCUCUCCCUCCUUAGUGGAGAGAGAACAAGCUUCUUCGACAUGAUUCUGGAACUAUUUUAUAAUGAAAGGGCACGAUCUGAAUCACCUUUUUAAGCUCGUCGAACCGGAACAAUACCAUGACUCAAUGCAACAUCAUUGAACUCCCAUCGUUGCAGUUCGCCGGCACCUUCCUCCGCUCUCCCACCCCAGCACAACCAGAAUGAACAUUGAGGGGAGCGGGAAGAAGACUGUGUCAGUCGGGCCAUGGGGUGGUCAAGAUGGGUUCCGCUGGGACGAUGGGGUCUACUCAACGGUGAGGCAGCUGGUGAUAGCUCAUGGAGCCGGCAUCGACUCCAUCCAGAUUGAGUACGACAUGAAAGGGAACUCGAUUUGGACGGAAAAGCAUGGUGGAAACGGAGGUUGCAAAGUGGACACGGUCAAGCUUGAUUUCCCGGAUGAGUUCCUAAUCUCUGUUCAUGGACACUAUGGGAAAAUCAAUGACUGGGGACCCAUUCUUGUUCGAUCGCUCACCUUUGAGAGCAAUCGGAAGACUUACGGGCCUUACGGCGUCCAGCAGGGGGGCUCUUUCUCUUUCCCAUCGACCACUGGCAAGAUUGUCGGGUUUCAUGGCAAGGCCGGCUGGUACCUGGAUGCAAUCGGGGUUUAUCUGAAGCCGUAUCAGAAAGAGAAGGCAUCUGGAACUCUGGUUAAAGCUCAGAGCGGUGUUGGUGUUGAUGUUGGUUUCGGAACCAACAAGGUAGGCUACUCAGUCGUACAAGGGAGCAUCGGGCAGAAUUAUGACAUAGUGCUUGCCGUCAGGCAGAAGGAAGUUCAAGGCAAUUGUUUCAGGAGCCAAAUCUCGAGACAAAGUUCUAGUUCCGAGGAGUCCAGCGAUGAAGAAACCGAAGAGACGAUGCCCAAGGUAGAAAAAGUGCCCCGGAAAAUUGAAGGGCUAGUGACGGUCGGACAAUGGGGAGGUUCUGGAGGGUCUGCAUUCGACGACGGAACCUACACCGGCAUCAGACAGAUCAAUCUAUCUCGGAAUGUCGCUAUCGUUUCUAUGAAGGUUCUAUAUGAUUGGAACGGGGAGGCGCUAUGGGGAAACAAGCGUGGUGGAACUGGAGGAUACAGACACGAUAAGAUAGUAUUGGACUACCCGGACGAAGUUUUGACGCACAUAACGGGAACCUGCGGGCCUCUAAUGUCCAUGGGACCUACCAUCAUCAGAUCAAUCGCCUUCCACACUAACAGAGGAAAGCAUGGACCUUUUGGAGAAGAGCGGGGAGCUUCUUUUACUUCAAAGUCGAAAGAGGGCAAGAUCAUCGGCUUUCAUGGUAGAGGCGGCCUGUUUAUAGAUGCUAUUGGCAUCCAUAUGAUAGAAGGGAAAGUACCGGUGGCCAUCAAGAAUAACAAGACUGAAGCAGAUCUGGCUGAAGUGGACUAUCCUCAAUGGUCGAAUAAGUUUGUCCUUCCAAAGCAAAGGCCAGCAGAAGAGGUUGCUUACGGAGUUGUCCAUGAGCCAGCUCCAUAUGGACCAGGCCCCUGGGGAGGGGAAUUCGGGCGGCCAUGGGAUGAUGGUGUAUUUUCCGGGAUCAGACAGAUAAUUCUGACCAGAACCGAAGCUAUCUGCUCCAUACAGAUAGAGUAUGAUAGAAAUGGACAAUCUGUUUGGUCAGUCAGACAUGGAGGCAACGGAGGACUCACCACACAUCGGAUCAAGCUGGAAUAUCCAAAUGAAGUCCUAACAUGCAUCUCUGGCUAUUAUGGCCCCAUCAGCAAAGAUGAGUGGCCUCAGCCUCAGUUCAUAAGGUCGUUGACAUUCCACACGAGUCGAGGGAAAUAUGGUCCAUUUGGAGAAGAAGUGGGUACCUUUUUCACUUCAACUACGACUGAAGGAAAGGUGGUGGGAUUUCAUGGGCGGAGCAGCCUGUACUUGGACGCCAUUGGGGUCCACAUGCAGCACUGGCUAGGACACCAGAAGCCGGUGAAGUCCUCCCUCUUGAGGAUGUUCCAUUGAUCCACUGUUUCGAAUUCACGAUAUGAUCUUUCAAAAAUAAUUAAACCUUACUCUGUGACUUAUGUUCAAAUCCAGAGAUAAUUAUGUAUUGGCUCUUUGUAAUUUAUAGCCCUAGUUGAAUAAAAAACACAUUGAACUAGAUUCUCUCUCUAGAUUCACUUGCAGGACUUGAGCAAAAAUAUGAAGAACACCUUCUAGCAAUGCAUAGUUCGGACGACUCAGACUAUGACUACAAUGCUCGCGACAGACGAGACUACUGACCGUACAGGUCACUGUAGUAAUUCUGACUACAAUGCUCGCGACAGACGAGACUACUGACCAUACAGGUCACUGUAAUAAGUCAUUGUAGCAUUUAAACUAGGGAAAUCAUUGUUCACUGUCACUGUUUAUAUUAUGUGAAUAAUUCCCUAACGGGAAUUUCUAGAGCUUC